AUGGAGGAACUAUGCACUGUGCCUGUGAACAAUAUUAAUGUGGUAAAUUGUGUCUGUAUUGUGUGCUCUUUAUUGAAAAAAGGAUUUUCAAGUAGAAAUUUUGAAGAGAAAACGGACAUUAUUAAUUCUAGUAGAUUAAAGGACCCUAUCAAUUUAGAGACGAAAGUAGAAAAGUCAGCAAAGAAAUUUACCAGGCAUUUUCAGGUAGGAUUCUAUGAAAAGUAUGAAUGGUUAAUCGGCUGCAAAACUUUGAAGAAAUUGUUUUGCUGGCCUUGCUUACUUUUUAAUAUAGCCGAAAAAACACAUUGGAACUCAGACGGUAUUACAGACUUGAAUAAUUUUCCCAAAAGUGUAAAAGGACAUGUAAAUAGCAAAUCUCAUAUAAGUGCUAGAAUUAAAGAAAAAACAUUCGGGACCUAUCGCAUUGAACAUAGUUUGGACAAUCAUUUAAAAAUAAGCAACAAACUUCACAAUGAAAGGGUAAAAAAAAUAGGGACGUCUUACAACGAUUAA